GAAAAAAAGGCGCCGGGAAGAAGAAGACAAUCCAGGAGAGCAGAGAAUAAUGGAAAAUGAGUGGACAACUUGCUAUAAACUAGCAGUAGCCAAUACAUAAACCACAGGAUAGGAUUUAUGAUUCCUGAACCAAAAACCACAAUUUCUAUUGUCACUGCAUAACACUACUCGACUACACCUCGAUGUGAUCGUUCAUCUCAGUUACUUUAAACUCCUAAUUAACAAAAGCUUCAUCCUGAGUAAUCAGUAAAAUGGCAGUGUUUUAGUGGCAGUAUAAGCAAAGAGUCUGUAAGGGUUUUCAUCGGGAAGGUAAAGCUUUGCAAAUAACAUGGUCACUCCCUUCUCCUCUGCAAUCACCGCUUGCGAUCUGCAAAUCUUUCUCUCUUCUCUCUCCUCACUAAAUCUAUUUUUCUGUUAAUGACCAUAAAGAUUAAAACCCCAUUUUCAGUGGAAAAAAAUCUGCACAUACAACUUUCUCAGACAACUAUUUAGGAUUUCCCCAAACCAGUAGCAUAAAACUCGGGAGACCACUGCACAGGGAACACUCAAAAAGAGAGAGGAAAGAGACGGAUAGCUCAUGCAAAAGGGUAAAAAUAGGAGGGAGAGAUAUAUAACAAUACUUCGUUUUGUAAGUGUGUGAGAGAGAAAUGGAGGUUGGUGGUUCCAGUAACACUUCAUGUUCGAUAGCUUUUGGGGACAACGUUAAUGCUUUGUGUCCUACGAUGAUGAUGCCUUCGAUGACUUCUCAUAAUGCAGAAAGCAAUGCCCUAUAUCUCCCUCUUCUUCCCACCACCAACAAUCAAAACCUAAAUCUUCACAAGAGCCCUGGUAAUUCUUCUGUCAUGGUUGAAGAACAAAAUAACAUUAGCAAUAAUAACAAUAUUACAAGCACAGGUUAUUAUUUUAUGGGGCCGGGCUGUAGCAAUCACAGCAACAGCAAUGACGGAGAAUGGUCUAUUAAGGCAAAGAUCAUGGCUCAUCCUCACUAUCACCGUCUCUUGACUGCCUAUGUUAAUUGUCAAAAGAUAGGAGCACCUCCUGAAGUGGUGGCAAGACUUGAAGAAGCAUGUUCAUCUGCUGCUGCAAUGGGCCGCAACGGCACAAGCUAUGUCGGUGAAGAUCCAGCACUUGACCAAUUUAUGGAGGCCUACUGUGAAAUGUUGAUAAAGUAUGAGCAAGAACUUUCUAAACCCUUCGAGGAGGCCAUGCUUUCUCUAUCAAGAAUUGAGUCCCAGUUAAAAGCUUUCACUCUAACCUCUAAUUCUGCAGCUUGUCCUGAGGCAAUGGAUAGAAAUGGAUUAUCUGAAGAGGAAGUCGAUGGGAAUAAUAGUUCCAUAGACCCUCUGGCAGAAGAUCGGGAACUAAAAGGUCAGCUCUUGCGAAAAUACAGUGGAUACUUGGGCGGCCUCAAACAGGAGUUUAUGAAGAAAAGGAAGAAAGGUAAGCUGCCCAAAGAAGCCAGACAACAAUUGCUAGAGUGGUGGAGCAGGCAUUACAAAUGGCCAUAUCCUUCGGAAUCACAGAAACUGGCACUUGCUGAAUCAACAGGACUGGAUCAGAAGCAAAUAAACAAUUGGUUCAUCAACCAAAGGAAGAGGCACUGGAAACCUUCAGAAGACAUGCAGUUUGUUGUGAUGGAUGCUGCUGCUGCUGGACAUUCCCAUUAUUACAUGGAAAAUGUCUUGGGAAAUCCUUUUUCUAUGGAUAUUUCAUCAUCCCUUUUCUGAGAAUUUUAUGUUCUUAAAUUGAAAGCACUCAAAAAUCAAGGUGUAUGAACUGGUAUUAUAUGCACUCUCUGCUAGAAGUCUGAAAUCUGAGGGCUGUAAUAUUUCCUGAUUAUUAAUUUCUUCUGCAGUCUUGUUAAUUUCAUAUUCA